AUGACACCGAGGGUCGCUCUGCACUUGACGGCCCGGGAACUCAACGGCAGGCGGGGAGACACGUUGGAGCAUAGUAUAGUACAACUAUGUGCGUUGUGUGCGUGGCGUCGUAGCAUCCUCGGGAUGCAUCUCUUCGGCUGCAAGUUCAGCGUGAAGACGGAGAGUGGGGACACGGUCCCCGACCGCAAAAACUUCGACUCGCUCCUUUGGGCCAUCGUGACCGUCUUCCAGAUCCUGACGCAGGAGGACUGGAACGUGGUGCUCUACCACGGCAUGGCCUCCUCCUCACCCUGGGCCGCGCUCUACUUCAUCGCGCUCAUGACAUUCGGAAACUACGUCCUCUUCAACCUCCUCGUGGCCAUCCUGGUGGAGGGCUUUCAGGCCGAGGGAGACGCGAGUCGCUCCGACUCGGACGACGACGUGGGCGGCUCGGCGUUGGACGAGGAGGGGGACUCAGCUAAAGGGCUCCCAGUGUUGGCCUCAAAUGGUCACGCGGACCCCAAAGGGGUGGGGGGGCCGGCCCCCACGGACGCCGCCUCUUCUCCCGUUGGGGAGCCGUGGCACCACGUCGUCCUCGACGCUUCCGCGUGCAUUGUCGGCGAAGGAAUCUCGGGGGGCCCCGGGGUUCUCGUGGGGGCGGCUGUCCUUGUCGCAGGCCCGGGGCCCCGAGCAGCCCGCAGGUCGAGUGGGUCGCGAGGGGGGGCCGGGUCCCCCCGCCGCCAGGGGGAGCGCCGCUCGCUGCUCUCGCCGGACGACGGCGACGACCACGAGUUCAUCGACGCGCCGGGGGCGGCGAGCGGCGGGGACGAGGGCGCGGGGGCGAGGGAGGGGGCGAGGGAGGAGGCGCGCGGCGGUGCGCGUGGCCCUGCACCGGCCCGCACUGCCGCUGCCCCUGCUCAUGCCCGUGGCGCUGCACCUGUCUCUGCCCGACUGCAAUGGGAAGACACCCCCCCAUGGCUCGGCCAACAUGCGCCGCCAGACCCCCUGGAUGAUAUUGACGAUCGCUGGUGGUUCCGGCUGGGCCGCCGCCUCCAGCGCCACCGGCCGCGCUGCUGCGUGGUGCGCGCGGAUUGGUCGCUCUACGUGUUCCACCCGCACAACCGGUUCCGCUGGGUGUGCCGCAAGAUCAUCGCGCACAAGGUGUUUGACCACGUGGUGCUGCUCUUCAUCUUCCUCAACUGCAUCACCAUCGCGCUGGAGCGGCCCGACAUCCCCAGCUACAGCGCCGAGCGCGUCUUCCUCACUGUCUCCAACUACAUCUUCACCGCCGCCUUCGUCACCGAGAUGGCUAUUAAGGUGACGGCGCUGGGCCUGGCGCUGGGGGAUGGCGCGUACCUGCGCAGCUCGUGGAACCUGCUGGACGGGCUCCUGGUCCUCGUCUCCGCCGUGGACAUUGUCGUGUCCCUCGCCUCGUCGGGAGGCGCGCGCAUCCUGGGUAUCCUGCGCGUGCUCCGGCUCCUGCGCACCCUGCGGCCCCUGCGAGUGAUCAGCCGCGCGCCGGGCCUGAAGCUCGUGGUGGAGACGCUGAUCACGUCAUUGAAGCCGAUUGGGAACAUCGUCCUCAUCUGCUGCGCCUUUUUCAUCAUCUUCGGCAUCCUGGGGGUACAGCUCUUCAAGGGGAAGUUCUACUUCUGCGAGGGGACGGACACCCGGAACAUCACGAGCCGUGCUGACUGCGCGCGUGCGCACUACCGUUGGGUGCGCCGCAAGUACAACUUUGACAACCUGGGGCAGGCGCUCAUGUCCCUGUUCGUGCUGGCCUCGAAGGACGGCUGGGUGAACAUCAUGUACGACGGCCUGGACGCCGUGGGUGAGAAUUUGCAGCCCGUGCGGAACCACAACCCGUGGAUGCUGCUCUACUUCAUCUCCUUCCUGCUGCUCGUCAGCUUCUUCGUGCUCAACAUGUUCGUGGGCGUCGUGGUGGAGAACUUCCACAAGUGCCGGCAGCACCAGGAGGCCGAGGAGACGCGGCUCCGCGAGGAGAAGCGACUCCGCCGGGCAGAGAAACGGAGGCGCAACGGAAAGGACGCGGGGGGGAGACGCGCUAAGCAGGGCGCUCACAAAAACCAUAAAGAAGCGCAGCAGAAGCCGUACUACGCUGACUACUCGCGCACUCGCAUGCUCGUUCACGGCGCGUGCACGUCCAGCUACCUGGACCUCUUCAUCACCGUGGUCAUCGGCCUCAACGUCGUCACCAUGGCCAUGGAGCACUACGACCAGCCCAGGUCGCUGGAGGAGGCGCUCAAGUACUGCAACUAUUUCUUCACGACGGUGUUCGUGCUGGAGGCGGCCUUCAAGCUCGUGGCGUUUGGCAUACGAAGAUACUUCAAGGACAGGUGGAACCAGCUGGAUCUCGGCAUCGUGCUGCUGUCCAUCAUGGGCAUCACGCUGGAGGAGAUCGAGAUGAAUGCAUCGCUGCCCAUCAACCCGACCAUCAUGCGCAUCAUGCGCGUACUGCGCAUCGCCCGCGUGCUCAAGCUCUUGAAGACAGCCACAGGGAUGCGCUCCCUCAUCGACACCGUGGUGCAGGCGCUGCCACAGGUGGGGAACCUUGGCCUCCUCUUCCUGUUGCUCUUCUUCAUCUACGCGGCCCUGGGGGUCGAGCUGUUUGGCCGCCUGAUCUGUGACGACGAGACCCCGUGCGAGGGCCUUACCCGUCACGCGACCUUCGAAAACUUCGGCAUGGCCUUCCUCACGCUGUUCCGCGUGUCCACGGGCGACAACUGGAAUGGCAUCAUGAAGGACACGCUGCGAGAGUGCGGGGCCGGGCUCCCCGCGGAGCCCCCGGGCUGCGUGGCGCACCUCCCGCUCAUCUCGCCCGUCUACUUCGUGACGUUCGUGCUCACGGCGCAGUUCGUGCUCGUGAACGUGGUGGUGGCCGUGCUCAUGAAGCACCUGGAGGAGAGCAACCAGGACGACGACGAUGACGAUGUGGAUGGAGACACCACGGAGGGCGAGGGGGGCCCCCUCGGGCCCGAAAGGGACCCGCGCAGGGAGGCCCCCUCCCCGACGCCGCGGGGAACGGGAAGCCGGUCCCCCCGGCGGCACAGCGCUGACACCGGGUGGUCCCAGUGGGGGCAGGGGGCCGAGGGGGAGCGCGUCUCCCUGGGCGGGUCCCCCUCGUGGCGGCCGGGGACCCGGCUGCGGUUCUCGUCGGACCUGUCGCUGGUGAUGGUGGACGCAGUGGAUGCCGAGUUGCUGCUCAUGGACAACCUGUCGGGCUCCGUGUGCCGCUCCUACGGCCUGAGCUCCACCCAGGGACCGCCCGGCUCCCCGAAGAUCCCAUUGGCCGAGAUGGAGGCGCUGUCCGUGACCUCCGACCUGUCGGAGCGAUCGUGGUCCCCGGAGCCGCAGCGCCGCCGCUCGGCGCCGUCCCCUCCAUCGUCAUCGUCGUCGCCCUCCGCGUCCUCGCCGCCCCCUGCCCCCUCGCCGCUGCUUCCCCGGGGGCCCGCACGGCGGCCUCUCGGCGCUGGAGAGACCCCGGUGGCACGGGGAGGUGACUUGGUCCCUGUGCCCAACGCUGGGCAAGGGGAGAGUCGGCUCGCGAGUCACGGCGACUCACAUCGGCGAACGCGACACGGGGCCCCCGGGACCCCCUGCCCAGCCACGGCCACAGGCCCUGCCGCACUUCCUGUGUCUGAGCCAAGCCCGGAGUGGACGUGCCCCCCACGUCCAUCAGAGAGGCCAGACCCCAUGGGGGCCGCCGAGACGGGGUCCCAGGAGAACGUGGGGAUGAGGUCCCUUUCUUCGUAUCUGUGGGGACGCGGGUCACGCCAGUCCACCUCCCGCGACUCCACCGCGCCCUCUCCGCUGCCCCCACGCCACUGCUGCCUCCCGCCGAGGGUCCGUGCCGGUGGGGCUGCCGUGGGCCCCGCGGGUCCCAGGGGGACGCGGCCGGGUCCAGCGGAGGCUGCAGCUGCUGACGCGGAGCCCGGGGAGGAGGAGGAUGGAGGCGCGGUUCGUGCCGGCACCAGGGGAUCGUGCGGACGGCGAGGGGCAGCAGUGGGGGGCAGCGAGGAGAGGGAGCGGCAUGGGGGCCCGAGGGCCCGGGGGCAUUUGGGAUCAGGCGCCACGGAGCGGACAGUGGGGCCGGGGUCAGAUCCACCGUGCCUAUCGGCACCCAGGCGGCCGAGAUGAUGAAGAUGACGGUGAUGGUGACGCUGAUGGUAAAGAUGAUGAUAGUUUUAGUGUUUUCUUAAACAGUUGCUGAGCACAGGCCCAACAUGUCAAGUGGUCAGCAACAAACAACACUAUCGAUGUUAUAAUAAACACGUUAUGGUGAAGAUGAUGGUGGAAUUGAUGAAGAUGAUGGUGCAAUGGUAGAAUUCAUGGUAUUUCUUUCGUGGAAAAUAAUGCUGGUAACAUGAUGGUGAAAUGUAUUUGGCGAUGGUUGAAAUGAUGGUAGAUUUGAUAGUUAAAUAAUGAAGUCCAUGGCGAAGUCAAUCUUAAAGACAUGGUGAAGAUCUGCCAUCCGCAGGAGCUGUGUGCGAGACUCUGGUGCUGCCCUCGAUGGGGCUCGGACUGCGGGUUGCGAUGUGCACGCGGCUUCACAAAGACGCGCACUGGGAGAGGAGGGCCCAGAGCCCCUUGGCCAACUCACCAACCGCUUACCACAACUCACCAACCGCUUACCACAACUCACCAACCGCUUACCACAACUCACCAACCGCUUACCACAACUCACCAACCGCUUACCACAACUCACCAACCGCUUACCACAACUCACCAACCGCUUACCACAACUCACCAACCGCUUACCACAACUCACCAACCGCUUACCACAACUCACCAACCGCUUACCACAACUCACCAACCGCUUACCACAACUCACCAACCGCUUACCACAACUCGCCAACCGCUUACCACAACUCACCAACCGCUUACCACAACUCACCAACCGCUUACCACAACUCACCAACCGCUUACCACAACUCACCAACCGCUUACCACAACUCACCAACCGCUUACCACAACUCACCAACCGCUUACCACAACUCACCAACCGCUUACCACAACUGGACACCGCCCACCCGCCACGCAUGGAACACAGCUGCCGCAACUCCUCUUUCCUUCCUUGUCACAACGUCAACAACAACCACUCAGUCCCCAGGCUCCCCAGGACGUGUUGCCAUGAGUGUCCGCCCCCUUUUACGCAGAGCAAGCCCGGACAUCUUUCUCAGUCCGCUUCGGUCUAUCAGAACCACUUUGCAGUUCACUGUAAUAAUACAUUUGAACACAUUUCCACCACAAGAUCUCGGUACAAAUUCUUUCCUGUUGGACGAACACAGCUGAUGCCGAUUCCUCGACUGUCCGGGUCAAACCUGGACGGAUGGCGACCCCAGUACCAGCCCUUGACCCCCUCAAAACCUGACCUCUCAGAUCCCGUGGCAUUUCUACCCAGGCCCCUGGCAGUGCACCCCUCCUCCCCUUCCUCCAUAACGAUGAGGCAGAGGGCCAUUUAAGGGGGCAAGUUGUGUCCACGCAGCCCCGCGGCUUCUUGUGUGCACGUGGUUGGUACCCAUAGCUCCCCUGUGUAACUGAGCACGCUAUCUACACACACGUGCACACGUUGAGUUGCGAGCGCGCGUGAAUAUACACAAAGUGCGGUUUUGUAUGUGUUCUCUCAAGCUGAUUUAUUGAACAAAGAUGCGAUGUGUCAGUUUCUCCGAGACACCAACGUUACCACGCGUGUUUGCGUUUAUCGGCGGAGUUGCAAUGCAAUGUAGUGAGGGUUGAUGAACUUCUGUCAUGGGAUGGCUGCACUGUAAUACUCAUCUUCUCGACAGACCUGUUCUCCACCUGAGGACGGCUGCUUGCGUUGUGGCCGAAACGUCGUGAGAAUUAUUUUAUUAUGUUUAAAUUUUAUUACUUUAUUAUUUCCAUUCUACGUGACUUUACCGAAAGAACCAAGAAGAAUACUCAUCUAGCUAAGGAGGCAUGGAAGAGGCCGGGGUUUCUGUUCCGUGCCAAAGCAUCUAAUUCAGAACGAUGACUACAUCGCUACACAGAGCGCAGUUGCUAGAGCUGCGACACAGAGGACACAUUCGUCCCAAGUUUAAAUCCUGUUCUCAUAUCUGGGGGGAGCACCCACUUGAUAUAAUUCAGAGGAAGUCAUCAGUCCGGGCGAAUGAUGAUCCGGAACUGAUUAAUCUCAGUCACCUCACCAGCUGUUGGUCGCCUCCCUAUCCCUACCACCAUGAUCCACGUGAACUUCGCUGCUGUAUUCAUCCGCCCAUGUUCAGGGCUCGGUCCACCACUGUGCUCAACUGCCACCACACUGCAGGUCACAACACACUCGCCACACUUCUCUGGAAUAAACCCUGAAGAGUGCGCACACAACGGGGAGGAGGUGCACGCUUGGAACGACCCCGGCAGCAGCGUCGGCAUGUUGACGAGAGCGCGCACACAGACGAGGGUGAACUGCGGCAUUCAAGCCGCGGGUGGCCUUGGGCAGGCGCCACGGCGAGAAGGGGCCAUGUCACGAUGCAUCUUCGUCCAGGCAGUGGCGGCGAACACAACAGCUCUGGCCCAGCACCGUGGAGGAGGCAGCCAGGGUUGUUGGAUCACACAAAUGUUGUGCAAUCCUCUUCCCUGUGGGCGUCGAGGUGCAGCAAGGAAGUGUGGACCCCACCUGCUUCCAUCCGCAGGAGAGCGCUGCUCCCCACAGCAGGUCAUGCACUGGGGUUCCCAGGGCAUGGGGGUUCCCAGGGCACUGGGGCUCCCUCCCACGUGUAAACACUCAUUAAUUGGCCGAAAACAUCUUCGUAUAACAAGGGUCGCAGAGCUUGUGGCGAGGGGGGUAUAAAUGGCCAGUUCUCCGCCUUCCCGCUCGUUCCUCCUCCCCCCUGGCGCCUCUCCUUGAGCGCUGUGCACCGUGGCCCCGAGCCCGACUCAGAUGUCAUCCGAGGCCAGCGUAGCACGGUUUGGUACAGCAAAUAGCAAGUGGAAAACAACAUAUACCGUAAGGGUCCCGCGCUGGCGCGGCUCGGAUGUGCCAGUGGGAAAGGGGCCGAGAACCCAACCCGCUGAGACCCGCGGUGCCCCUCGACCCCCUGCGAGACCCUCGAACUCCCGUGAGCCGCUGCGAGUUCCCUCAAGCUCCAGAUCGUCCCCGUGAACCCCGAGACGUCGUGCAGCCACCUGAGUGCCCGCGAGCGGAACGGCCCUGCCACGAUGCGAGGUAAACCCUCCGGUCUGGCAACGCGUCACUUCUACCCCCCGUGAUCUCGUGAGACUUGGCCUGCGGUUCGUGACUCCGGA